AUGACAAGCGUGACGCCAAAUACCGCUCUUCCCCCAGAAAAAUCCCAACCAGCCCCGGGCACCAAGUCGGCAGAGGACCUCGAAUCCCAGUCCCACCCAAAUUCCCCGGGAAUUGAGCCCCAACAAGAAGAUGACCUGGGAUACCACGACAACUCCAACGUUCCACAUCUCGGAUAUCUAAAGCUUUUUUGGUUCUUCUUCUACAACUUUGGUCUUUUCGCCUGGGGCGGUCCUGUCGCGCAGAUUGUUGUGAUCAAGGAGCGACUCGUAAUACAGGAUAAAUGGAUAACGCUCGCGCGGUUUCAGCGGGUUUUCGCCGUCUAUCAGAUCCUCCCCGGCCCUGAGGCGGCAGAACUGUGUAUGUUUUUUGGAUGUCUGUCUGCUGGUAGAAUCGGCGGUAUAGUCGCUGGACUUGGAUUCAUCCUGCCAGGGUUCUUGUUGAUGUUGUUGGCUAGCUAUCUCUACUCACUGGCGGGUUUCGAUAACGUAUACUUCAACGCAUCUUUUCGGGGUGUACAGCCAUUGGUUGCGGCAAUGAUCCUCCGGGCGGCUCACAAAAUCGCCGACCACUCUGUUAUCGAUCCCGUCACGGAAAAGGUCAAUCCGUACUUAAUAAUUGCCGCCCUCUGCACCGCCCUCAAUUCUGCCUUGCGGAUAAACAUCUUUAUCUCUAUUGCCUUCUAUGGCUUUCUAUACGCCCUCAUAUCCCGACCGCGCAUGCUCCUCCCCUCCCUCUUUGUCUUCAUACUCCAAUACGUCGGAUAUGCCAUCUAUGUCGUCUUCCGUGGUGUGCCCUCACCUGUCUCUCUCGCCCUAGGAAUUGCGCAAACUCCCUCGUUAAUAAAUCUCUUCGUCCUCGGUCUCGUGGCUGGAAGUCUGUCAUUUGGUGGGGCGUAUACUGCUAUUCCCUUUAUUCAGGUGGAAGCGGUACUCAAGGGUGGCUGGCUAGCGCAAAGCGUCUUUAUUGAUUGCAUAGCCAUAGGAAACGUUCUUCCCGCGCCAUUGGUUAUCUUUGCAACAUUUGUUGGGUUCCAGGGUGGUCUCGCCGACGGGAAGGGCCUUGGCGGGGCUUUCGCCGGCGCUAUAGUCAUCACCCUGGGAAUGUUCUUCCCAUGCUUCCUCUUCACAGUCGCGGGACAUGAACUCUUAGAAAAACUCGUCCGGAAUAAAUUUCUCGCGAGGUUUUUCGAUGGGCUGUGUGCCGCGGUAGUGGGUGUGAUCGCGGUUAUUGCCAUGGAGAUAUUGAAGUCUGCGGUUGGUGGAAGGGAAGAGGAGGAUGUGGAGGAUGGCGGUAAUGUGGAUGAGAAAGAGAUGAAGAUAGUGUUGAAGAAAACGGUCAUGGCGGCAACAGCGGCGGUGUUGUAUCUUGUGGGGUUGGCGGUUUUGUACAAGUUUUUGAACAAGUGGACCCCGUUGCUGUUAUUGGCCGCUGGAGCCAUUGCGGGACAAUUUCUGUUCGUUUAA